CUGAACAUAACUUCUUUUUUUCAAAGUUCCCUGUGUUAUGAACUGAGCUUGGGUGAAGUGAAAUCUUUGAGCUCAAAGAAAAUGAACGGCACCCUGGACCACCCAGACCAACCGGAUCUUGAUGCUAUCAAGAUGUUUGUGGGCCAGGUUCCCAGGACCUGGUCUGAGAAGGACUUGAGGGAACUCUUUGAACAGUAUGGUGCUGUCUAUGAAAUCAAUGUCUUAAGGGAUAGGAGCCAAAACCCUCCUCAGAGCAAAGGGUGCUGUUUUGUUACGUUUUACACCCGUAAAGCUGCAUUGGAAGCGCAGAAUGCUCUUCACAACAUGAAGGUCCUCCCAGGGAUGCAUCAUCCUAUACAGAUGAAACCUGCUGACAGCGAGAAGAACAAUGCAGUGGAAGACAGGAAGCUGUUCAUUGGUAUGAUUUCCAAGAAGUGCACUGAAAAUGACAUCCGAGUCAUGUUCUCUUCAUUUGGACAGAUUGAAGAAUGCCGGAUAUUGCGGGGACCUGAUGGCCUGAGCCGAGGUUGUGCAUUUGUGACUUUUACAACAAGAGCCAUGGCACAGACAGCUAUCAAAGCAAUGCACCAAGCACAGACCAUGGAGGGUUGCUCGUCCCCCAUGGUGGUAAAAUUUGCUGAUACACAGAAGGACAAAGAACAGAAGAGAAUGGCCCAGCAGCUCCAGCAACAGAUGCAGCAAAUAAGUGCAGCAUCUGUGUGGGGAAACCUGGCUGGUCUAAAUACUCUUGGACCCCAGUAUUUAGCACUUUAUUUGCAGCUCCUUCAGCAGACUGCCUCCUCUGGGAACCUCAACACCCUGAGCAGCCUCCACCCGAUGGGAGGGUUAAAUGCAAUGCAGUUACAGAAUUUGGCUGCACUGGCUGCUGCAGCUAGCGCAGCUCAGAACACACCAACUGGUACCAGUGCUCUCACUACAUCCAGCAGUCCCCUCAGCGUACUCACCAGUUCAGCAGGGUCUUCACCUAGCUCCAGCAGCAGUAACUCUGUAAACCCUAUUGCCUCACUUGGAGCCCUGCAGACAUUAGCUGGAGCGACAGCUGGCCUCAAUGUUGGCUCUUUGGCAGGGAUGGCUGCUUUAAAUGGUGGCCUGGGCAGCAGUGGCCUUUCCAACGGCACCGGGAGCACCAUGGAGGCCCUCACCCAGGCCUACUCGGGCAUUCAGCAGUAUGCUGCUGCAGCGCUCCCCACUCUGUACAACCAGAACCUGUUGACGCAGCAGAGUAUCGGUGCUGCUGGAAGCCAGAAGGAAGGUCCAGAGGGAGCCAACCUGUUCAUCUACCACCUGCCGCAGGAGUUUGGAGACCAGGAUCUGCUGCAGAUGUUUAUGCCCUUUGGGAACGUCGUGUCUGCCAAGGUUUUUAUAGACAAGCAGACAAACCUGAGCAAGUGUUUUGGUUUUGUAAGUUACGACAAUCCUGUUUCUGCUCAAGCUGCCAUCCAGUCCAUGAACGGCUUUCAGAUUGGCAUGAAGCGACUUAAAGUGCAGCUCAAACGUUCGAAGAAUGACAGCAAGCCCUACUGAGCGUGCUCCCCUCUGAGACUGAAGUGAGAGGGUCUUCUGGUAAGUGGGGGAGGAGCACCCUUAUUGAUUCGAAGCCCUGAGGCUGUGUGUUGACAGCCCCGGACCCUGAUCCCCGCCACUCUCGCAGGCACAGCUUGCCCUGAAGACUCGGCUACUGCCUUCUGUGGGAGUUUCGCUUCGUACAGAGGACAAGUUUGUGCUUUGGUUUCCAGUGUUUUACUUUGGAGUUUAGGUGCCAUAUCCUGAGUUUUUUUUUUUUUUUUUUUUUUUUCUUUAUUUAAAGUUUGCUGUGUUUGUAACCAGUGUGUGUUGAGAAGGACCAACACCAAACCACCCUGGGGGAGGGGGAAUGGGGAAAUGUUCUUAAAAGAUAAUUAGAAUUUGCCCCAAACCACCCCAUGAGAGAGGACUGAGUGGAACAAAAAACUGACCACCCAAAUUUCCCUGAGCGCAAGGGUGGAUGGGAUGAGAACUGACAUCCAAGAGCUGAGGGACCGCAGAGGUGGGUUGGCUUUGGAAGACAGUGGGAAUGGUGUGACCCCUAACACCUGGCAGCUGGAGGCAGAAAUGCCUCUAGCUAGCUGCCUUCUGUGGACAUACAAAUUUUUGCCACUGAUCUUUCAGAUUGUUGGCCUGAAUUUCUGCCCCUCUUCCCUGAAAAGGGGUUAGCAGUUCCCUGGAAAUAAAGCAGCUGUUAAAUUAGACUGACAUAUUCAAAAAGCAGGGAGACAUAAGCCAUUAUCAGCUUCCCUAGCCAGCAUUGGAUUGGCCCUGCCUGGCUGGUGGCUGUUUGGGAGAAGCAGCCAAAGAGAUCAUUUUUAGUUUAUUGCAACACCAAAUGUGACCAUGGCCCAUGCCCAAUAGGUUCUUUUAAAGAAGGCCUCUCUGGCAGACGUUGGCUGGCAUCCCUCCUGGCAGGGCACCACAGCAAGGGACAGCACUUACAUCUAGCUGAAGGGGGAACCUGUCUUGGGCUGAGAGACCUAAAGCCAUUUAGUUGGAAGAACAAGAGUCUGCUGCUUGGGGCACCUGAAUCCGUAGGUGGCUGCAAGCCAGGACGCUGCAUUUGCCAGUGGCCAGAACUUAGUGUUUAAGAGAAAUCAGAGGCCCACCCUUGCCUCCUUGGUUGAGGUGCUCCAGGUAUGGUAUUGCCACAGAGGUCUCACAAGCCCUCUGCUAACCACUCCAGCCCCAUAUUCUGCUCUCGGGGACAGAGGAGACAACAGAACGUUUACAUCCUCAACAUGGAUUUAGUGUUCAUUUACCUCAGUAUUACUAUGUUCUCUUUUGUCCUCGUGCUUACAGUUAGCUCCUUGCUGCCUCCCACAGGUCUCACUCCAGCUCUUGCCAGUGACCCCCACCCAGCCUCUGGGCUCUGUCUCUGCUCCAAGAAAUGCAGUAGGGGGUAGAGAGCCAGGAAGGACAUGCCAGUUAGCGGUGUGCACCCAGCCAGAGGUGCCCUCUGAGGAUAGGAUUAUCAGCAGUCAGGGACUGAGUUCCUGGGUCCCUGCAAUCUCAGACCUCACGAGUGUCAGUCCUGACCCCAGCAGCAGGGAUUAGAAUAAAGGGGUUGGUUUGCUAGUAAGUCAGAUGGGGGCGCUCUCCUCCUCUUGCUGUUCCUGUGGGCAACAGACAGGGAGUGACCGUCUUGUGUUGUACAGGUAGUUGGUGGUGUUGGAUUAUCCCAUUGAAGGGGGGACAGCUUGUCCCUUCUCAUAGUGAUAACUUGGGUCCGUGUCCUCUUAAGAAACAUGAAGCAUACACUUCUUAAGCUGAACCACGUAAACUUGAAUUCUGCGCACUGGGAGAAAUGUGUCCUGUGUUUCAAAGGAUAAAACUGUUCUAAAGGCUUCCAGGGUCAUGAUGGGAUUUUUUUAAAUAAAUGCAAAAAAAAAAAAAAAAGAACAAAAACAAAAAAAGAAAAAAAUGCUAGGUUGGGGAGGCGCUGUUCUGAAUCCCAACCGGCUGGAACCAAGAAUGUCGUUUCUAUUUUUAUAGAAGUUUUAUACAGCUCCGGGGUGGAGAAUAUUUAUUACCUAAAUUAUAUCUCUGGAAAAGGCCAGGAUUUUGUAGAAUCCAGAAUGUGAUUGUUGUACACACAGGGUGCUGUGUAUGAUUGAAACUACUGACUUUCUGUGGCCCGUUUGCAGCCCAGCUCACCUGCCCAAGGGGAAGGCAUUAAUGCUGUGAAUUGGCAGAGGAGAGAACUGUGCUCCACAGGGUGCUGCCGGUGCUGUGCUCCCUGACCUUCUGUUCUGUCUUCCUCCGUGAUCAGAACUCCUCUCCACCCCACCUCUCUCCCUCCCUCCACUCCUUCCCCAAUUUGCCAUUGUUUGUCCUGGGCUCUGGGACCUUAUGAGAACCCUCUCCCAAUGACCUGAGAGACAUAGGUGCAAUCUGCCUGCCCUAGAUACGAGGCCGAGGCCCUGCGACUUCGUCCCUGCUCAGGGCUUCUCUCUUCUAAAAGGAGCACUUGCCCCAGCAGGGGUCCUGGGCUGCCCCAGCAGCCAGCUGGUGAGACCAUACCUCCCCUCUGUUCUCUCCUCCCUCCCAGUGAGCUAGCACAGCAGCAGCGCUGCCCUUGAGCACAGUUCUCUCUCCAGGCCAAAGAUGGUUUUGUGAAGAAGCUGCUCCCCUAGAAGUCUCACAGUGUGAAAGGGCUCAGCUCGAGAGUGGAGACUCGCAGUCGAGUCCUAAGCAAUCCUGUUCUGUAUGUGGAGGUUUCACUUACAUGUGUUUUCUGCUGUAGUUUUGUUUCUUACUUGGGUUACAUCAUGAAAUUGAUUUGCCUUGAAUGCAGCCAGACCACUGUCUCCUGGGUUCCACAUGAGUGGCCAGGGCCUGUGUGGAAGCUAAGAGCUUGGAUUUCUGGGAACAAAGGGCCAUCCCCAUGGGAUUAAGCAGGAAUCCGGGCCCUCUCCCUAAAAGAAUGCUCCCUACCCUGGCCAGCGUCUUCUGCUGUUCCCCCUGCCCCCUCCCAGAGACCCUCUUCUCCUGAGUGUCGGGUGCUUCCCAGGAAAUCCAAGCCUUAGGUUCCCUUCUGUCUCUGGCAAGUGGAUGUUUUCUUGGUGUCCUCCAUGUCCUUUUUGACUCUUCCCUGUGUCCAUUGUUAGCAUGUGCAGAAGUUCCCUGUCAUUGCCCCGCCCCGCCCCGCCCCGCUCCUCAUUUCAGGGCUGUACACACAGUGAGUGUCCUGCUCUCUCUCUCUCUGUUUGGAUGUAUUGCUCUGUGUAACUCAGUGGGUCUCCCUCUUUCUGGUUUGUUUUUUUUUCUAGAUUCCUGCCGUUUGUUCAUCGUUGUGCCUAAAGCAUGUCGAUGUGGCGUCAAGUACAUCGUCCAAAUCCCUGUCUCUUCAGCUUCUCUGAUGCUUGAACUCUCACCUUUGACCUUGUGUUGACCUUUGAUGCUGAUGUGUAUUUUUAUUAUGUUUGUUUCUUUCUUUGUUUUUUCUUUUUUCUUUCCUUUUUUUUUUCCCUUUUGUGCUGCCAAAUUGGUUUUGCUAGAACGACUGCUGAAGGGGAAAUAUUUAAACUUGCAUUUGAAUAUAAAAAAAUCUAUUUUUCUAGAACUUCAUAAGAUAACCACUUGAUUUUGUGAUUCCAAUUCUUUGUAAUUGUCUUCAGAGCAGCCCUACUAGCACAUACCGUGUGGUGUUUGUAUUUCUGUGAACACACAGCCAGUCCGUUUCUAGGCUUUGUUUCUCUGUGUGCUUAGUUUUAAAGACAACUUUGAAGUAAACAAUGAAAUAAAAGAUGUCACUGAAACCUUCGAGGCUCCUGAGCACAUUUUGCUGAUGUCGUUUGUGGGGCUUGAGGAGACUGCACGUGUUUAUUUUGGUUUUCUGAGCUCUCAACUGCAGAAAACACCUGACCCCUCCCCUUUUUGGCCACAUCUGCAGUUUGGGCCCCAGCCAGCCUUUUCUUUUUCUUUUUCUUUGGUGGUUCUUCCCUGGAGUGACCCUGUGGGAGCUGUGGACCCCUCCUGCCCCCCCUCGGCCCUGCUGGGCUCGCCUCCAUGCUUCUCCCUUCAGUCUCCGCAGCAAAAUGUGAUGCUUUGAUUUUUUUUUUGUUUUUGUAUUGUUUUUGUGUUUUUGUUUUGAAUUUUUUCCUUUCCUACUAAGAUUAUGCCCAGAAAAAACAAGUUUUGCAUGUUUCCUGCUGUUUCUUCACACCUCCGUAUAUAUCACCUUCACCUCUCUGUUUUCUAUAGUUUGUGCAAAAACUGACCGAUUUAAAAGGGUUUCAAAGAAGCUGUUUUAAAUUGUUGUGGGGUUGAUGAUUUUUUUCAAGAUUGUACUGUUUUAUUUUGAAGUGGCAACUUCCUCCUCUAUUGCCCGUAGAGCGUCUGCCUGUGCACUUAGACUGUCACCUCCUCACCUGGCCUCCAGCUCUCAGCAGGGUGUCCAGAGGCUGGCUGCUCUGCUCUGAGAGGUGGGGAGGGGCCCCCAGAGAGGCACAAGAUGCACCGAUAGAACCCAGAAGGUGGCUGCGGGUGGGCAUGAGGCUUAGCGCAUUUGGGGUAGUGAGCACCCAGAGGAAGGGGUGCGGUAACCACUUGUAGGAGGCCAUCCGUGCACUAAGCGGCAAUACACCUGCCGGCGCUUUUCCUAGGUGACAAGCACAAUACUACAGUCUUCACACUGUUUACAGCCCUGGGCACCAACACCCCACACUGGCUCUUCACCACUGGUCAGCUCUUGCUUAGCUAGUGGGGUGGGGGUAAGGGCAAGGAUUUCUUUUUUAAAUUGGGUGAAGAGCCAAAUAGCUACUGUCCCUGGGUGCCAGGCAAGCCAGUUCUUUGGUUCCCUGAGGGGAACUUACCCUCUUCUUUUGUGGCACCAUCCAGCCUCAGGGUCUGGAAGACUUGAGUGAGAAUGUGAAUGGAAAGGGAGAGACCAGAGGAGAUGAGAGGUCCCAGGAUGGAUCUGGUGGGGGGUGGGGAGUGGAUCUGCAGGGGAGGAGCGUAUGCUAGAUCCCACCCAGCUCCAAGCUGCUGGUCGUUGGGAGAGCUGGAGGGAAGGAUUGUCCCUGGAAGAGUGGAGGGGUGGAGAGGUGGAGAGGUGGAGCCGGGGUGGGGGUGGGGGGGAGGUAGAAGCACUGUUUAGCAUCCUCCACGCUGGGGUUGGUGGAGAAAGGGAUCCCAUCAGGAUGUCUGCUCUGAGGCCCCCAGGUUGCUCAGUCUUCUGCUGGAGGCCGCGCUCCCUGGGAGGAGGGCAGCCCCGCAGAGGCCCAGUGCAUGGUAGGCUGCUGAGUUUCCUGGAGGGGUGAUUGGAUGAAAAGAGGCCAGCCCCCCAGCCUGAGAGACUGCUGUGCGCCCCACAGUCUGACUGCACAGAGCCGCCUCUGUGGGCAGGAGCGCCGAGGCUCCCCUUCUGUGUAUUGAGAAGCCGUGUUUGCCAAUGUAUUUUGCUUUCAGUUCCAAGAGGAGCUCUGGGAGAACCUGUGGAUAAAACCAAAUGCCAAACGUUGGACGUUGUUUCCUUUUCCUUUUCUCUCUCUGAUUGUUUUAAUUGUUCUGUGGUGGUUUUAAUGGAUUUGAGACCCUGGAGCGGCAGCUGCCUUUCUGAUUUCCAGCUGCUUUUUGUGAAUAAUUUAAAAAGAAAAAAAAAAGAAACUUUACAUUUUGGAGACAAACCUGUGUGAGUUUUUUAUUGGUACAAACGUUGUAUUUAACACUAGGGGUUUUGUACAGUUUUUUGCCUUUUCUACUAGAAAACAAUGUAAAGUGAUUUCACAAUGUGAAGAGAAAAAAAAUUGCCACUAUGACCAAACGCACAGUCUGUUCGCAGCAACACCGGGAUUCAAUCAACUCAAAGUCGUGAUUCAGCCGUAGAAAUGCUUUUCCUUUACCUUGUUUGAGCUUUUCCUUUCUUUCCUGUUUUGAUUUGCAAAAGAAAAUGUCUUUUUUGUGUGAACUUGUGUUGUACUCUGUAGAAAAUUAUGGAUUUUACUUUAAUGGUUUAAAAAAAAAGGCAAGAAGAGCCCCUGUCGCUUUUCUUACCUAAUCACAGAGUUUGUGUAGUGGAUUUAAAAAGAAAAAAAAAAUUGUUACAAGUUUGGAGCAAGGGAGUAUGUGUUUAAAAGGACUCUCCUUCCUUUUUUGUGUGUUUUUCCUUUUGUUCCAAUGGGGAACCUAAAUCUGUUUUAAUUGCACAGACACACAGACAAAAAGUCAUUUUGUAUCUGCCAAGUGUGGUACCUUCCUUUGUUUAUUUGCUAUUAAACUGUUUGAGAAGA